CCUUCUGUCACACUGCCUUCUGAAUAAAUAAAUACAUAAAUAAGUAUUGAUAAGUAAAUAUCAUUUAUUUUGCAUCAUUACUGCGUAUCCCAGUGUAGCUUCACCGCCAUAAAAAUGCUCUGUGCUCAGCCUGUCCAUCCUUCCCUGUCUCCCUCAUCCCCUCUUCCAGUACCACAGCCCUCUCAGCCUGGCUGCCUUCACUUGGCACUGUGUGAUAAGCCCCUGCAUGCCUGGGUGGGCCUUGACAGCUCCUUUCUUUUGAUAAUGUCACCUUUGCUUUUGUUCCUGUCUUGUUGACAUCUCUUUUUACACAUAUUCUAUUUUUACCUUUUGUAGAUUAUUUUGUUUUAGAUGUGUACAGGGUCAUGAAAUGUAUGGAGCAAAACAUGAUUUGAGAGUUUAGUGGGGAGAUUUCUGUUUAUUUUUUGCCUUUGCUACAUUGCAUCUGACUCUUUGCUCUAAGGAACUGAACAUUGUGGUGCAGUAGAUUAAACUUUUGCCUCUGUUGCUAACAUGCUGUGUGAGCAUCAGUUCAAGCUACUGGCAGUUGUAGCCAUUUGGGGAAAUGAACCAGUGGAUGAUUGUAUGUCCCUCUCCUUCUCUUUCUCCCCCUUUCUCCAUUUUUCAAAUAUGAAAAAUGAAUCUUCUGAAACGUGAAAAAACAUCCUGACCUCAAGAACAUUGGAAUGUGUUUAUCAAUGUGGCCUUGUACUAGACAAAAUGUUACAUGAUGCUACCUCAAAGUAAUGGGUAGAUGGCCUUAAAUUAUAGGAUGUUUAAUAUGGUGACCUUUUCCCAGUGAACACAAUUCAGAGUCCCCUUAUAUCUUUACCACUCAAACAAGCUACCACAACCUUAUGCUCCCUCUUGUGUUUGAGCUUACUGUUCCACAAAGUCAAGAACAGUCUUUGUGAAUGGAGAUUCUGCCAUCGUCUGUACAAGCUCUGCUUUAUAGUCUUGCAUUGGUCACAGAUUUGAGAAAUUCACCUUCUAUGUCUUCAUUUAAAUUGAAAGUGUUGAGAAAGAAAGGUGCAAAGGGAGACAUUUCCGGUACUUCCCUGGAGCCCUCCCUCAACGUGGACUAUGUCCUGUCGUUGGUCGUCUAUGCCAUAGUUCCUCAAUGAGCCAGGCAAUAUCUCGCUACCUUGCUCUCUUUCUAUUCUUAGCCUUGUCUUCCCAGAAAAGUAACACUUUCUAGAUAGUCUGAAAGAAGAACAAUCCUUACUAUACUUUAUUUAGAAGGGUGCAGUUAUCAAAAACCGAGCUACCAAAUUUGUACUUUUCCUUUGGGGAGUGGAAAUGAAAGUUAAGCUGAUUGAUCCCAGGAGAAAACAUGCAGUUAUAUUUUAACCAGUGUAUAAAGAAGGCUGUCAUGCAUUCGCCUAACAGGAUCUUUCACUUCAGAGACUUUCGUUGUACAGAAAACGAUGUUUGGGAUGAAGCUUUGUAACGUUGCAGUGUUUGUGGCUGUCAUUCUCUUCUGUGAGCAGCAUGUCUUCGCAUUUCAAAGUGGCCAGGUUUUAUCUGUUCUUCCUAGAACCUCUAGGCAAGUUCAAGUUCUGCAGAAUCUCACUACAGCAUAUGAGAUUGUUCUCUGGCAGCCAGUCACAGCUGAGUUCAUUGUGAAGCAUAAAGAAGUCCAUUUUUUUGUGAAUGCAUCUGAUGUAAGCAAUGUAAAAGCCCAUUUAAACGUGAGCAGAAUUCCAUUCAGUGUAUUGGUGGAAGAUGUGGAAUAUCUCAUCCGACAGCAGACAUCCAAUGGCACAGUCAACCCCCGGGCAUUCUCAGCGUACUACGAGCAAUAUCACUCAUUGAAUGAAAUAUAUUCUUGGAUAGACUUUAUAACUGGGAAGUAUCCUUACAUGAUUACAAAAAUCCACAUUGGAUCCUCAUUUGAGAAGAAGCCACUUUACGUUUUAAAGGUUUCAGGACAAGGACAAGAAGCCCGAAAUGCCAUAUGGAUUGACUGUGGAAUCCAUGCCAGAGAAUGGAUCUCUCCCGCAUUCUGCUUAUGGUUUAUAGAUUAUGUAACUAAAUCCUCUGAGGAAGAAAGGCCAUCUAACAGUCUUCUGAGGCAUGUGGACUUCUAUGUUAUGCCAGUGAUGAAUGUGGAUGGUUAUGACUACACAUGGAAAAAGAACCGAAUGUGGAGAAAGAACCGUUCUUCCCAUGAAGGCAAUCGUUGUGUUGGAACAGACCUGAACAGGAAUUUUGCUUCCAAACACUGGUGUGGGGAAGGUGCCUCGAGUUUCUCAUGCUCAGAGACCUACUGCGGACUUUACCCCGAGUCAGAGCCAGAGGUGAUGGCAGUGGCUAAUUUCCUGAGAAGAAACAUCGACCACAUUAAAGCUUAUAUCAGCAUGCAUUCAUACUCCCAGAAGAUUGUCUUUCCCUAUUCCUAUAAUAGAAGCAAAACCAAAGAUCAUGAGGAGCUGUCUCUAGUGGCACAUGAAGCAGUUCGUGCUAUUGAGAGAACGAACAAAAACAUCAGGUAUACCCAUGGCAGUGGCUCAGAGAGUUUAUACUUAGCUCCUGGAGGUUCGGACGACUGGAUCUAUGAUUUGGGCACCAAAUACUCGUUCACCAUUGAACUUCGAGACACGGGCAGGUACGGAUUCUUGCUUCCAGAGCGCUUCAUCAAGCCCACGUGCACAGAAGCCCUAGCCGCGGUCCUUAAAAUAGCUUGGCAUGUGGUCAGGAACGUCUGAGGCCUUGGACUUGGGGCUCCCCUCGUUUAACUCACAGCUUCUAACCGGGCCACAUCACUGUACCAGCGUCCAAGCUUCAUCCGAUCCGGUGCUUCCCUAAUCCUUGGUUUCAUCAAAGAACAAAAUAAAUGUGACUUGGAA